AUGAGAAUUCCUCUGUUUUCAUGGCUUUUCUUAAUCCUUAUUCACUAUGUUUCACUCAGCGUCCAUGUAUUUGUGGUCUCUAGUCAAUGUCCCAGCGAAGAUCAGCAAUCUUUGUUGCUUCAAUUGAAGAACAGCCUCAAAUUUGACUCUGAAAAAUCUAACAAACUUAAGCAGUGGGAAAAUGGCUCAGAUUACUGCUCUUGGGAAGGUGUGUGCUGCAAAGAUGGAUGUGUUUCUCAUCUCGACUUAAGCAGCGAGUCAAUUUCAGGAGGACUUGAUAAUUCAAGUGCUCUUUUUGAUCUGCAGUACAUCGAGAACCUGAAUUUGGCUUACAAUAACUUCAACAAUGCUCAGAUUCCAUCCGAGUUCGACAAGCUGACCCGUUUGAGUAAUUUGAAUCUGUCAAAUGCUCGCUUUGCAGGGCAAGUUCCAAUUGAGAUAUCAAACUUGACAAGGUUGGUAACUCUUGAUUUAUCUUGUGCCGCUUUCUCAUCUGGAAUAACUCUGAAACUUGAGAUCUCAAAUUUGAGUUUGCUCAUACGGAACCUUUCGGAGCUUAUUGAACUUUAUCUUGAUGGUGUGAGCAUAUCAGCACAUGGGGCUCAGUGGUGCCAAGCUAUAUCAUCUUCACUGCCAAAGUUGAGGGUGUUGAGCUUGUCCACUUCUAAUAUUUCAGGCCCUUUUCAUAGUUCAUUACUGAAACUUCACUCACUCUCAGUGAUUCGUAUAGAGAACAACAAUUUGUCUACUCAAGUUCCAGAGUUCUUCUCAAAUUUCACAAAUUUGACUUCCUUGCGCCUCAGCAGUUCUGGGUUAUAUGGUACAUUUCCAGAGAAGAUUUUCCAAGUACCUACACUGCAGACUAUAGACCUAUCUGGUAAUUCACAGCUUCAGGGUUCCUUACCAGAAUUUCCGAAGAAUGCAUCUCUUCAAUCCCUGGUUCUCAAUGGGGCAAAUUUCUCAGGCCAGUUGCUACCGAACUCUAUUGGCCACCUCAAAAUGUUGUCCAUAAUAGAUGUUUCAAGUUGCAAUUUCACUGGAUCAAUCCCAAAGUCAAUGGAAAAUCUAACACAAUUGGUUUAUGUGGACUUGUCAUGGAACAAGUUCAAUGGUUCAGUUCUCUUAUUCAGUAUGGCCAAGAAUCUGACCCUAAUAAAUCUUUCAUCCAAUCUUCUAACAGGUCAGAUACAUUCCUCUCACUGGGAAAAUCUUACCAAUCUCUUGAAUCUCGACUUGAGGCACAAUCUACUUGAUGGGACUAUUCCGUCGUCUCUAUUUUCUCUUUCACUGCUGCAGAAACUACAGCUUUCUAACAAUCAAUUCUCUGGUCAGUUGCCUGUAUUUGGUGGUAUCUCUCUAUUGGACACCCUUGAUUUGAGUAGCAAUAAGUUGGAAGGGCCUAUACCCAUGUCCAUUUUUAAUCUCCGAGUGCUUAAGAUUCUUUCACUUUCUUCAAACAACUUCAAUGGCUCCUUUCCACUUAAUGGUCUUCCCCAACUGAAAAAUCUUUCGACUCUUGAUCUUUCAUACAAUAGCUUGCUGAUUAAUUAUAAUCAUACCAGUGUCUCGCAUUCCACCUUUCCUAACAUUACCACAUUGAAAUUAGCUUCUGGAAAGUUGAGAACAUUUCCUGCUUUCUUGAGAAAUCAAUCUAGAUUAGUCAGUUUGGACCUUUCAGAAAACCAGAUUCAAGGCGAGAUACCCAACUGGCUUUGGAAUCUGAGUAGUCUUAGUCAACUAAAUCUUUCUUACAACUUCCUGGUAGCUCUAGAAAGUCCUUUGCUUAAUCUUACUUCUCUAUCUGUGCUUGACCUUCAUUCCAACCAGCUUCAGGGACAAUUCCCACUUUUUCCACCAUCAGCCAUUUAUGUGGAUUAUUCAAAAAAUAAUUUCAGCUCUAGGAUACCCCCUAACAUUGGUGAUUUCCUUAAUUUCACUUUGUUCUUCUCUCUUUCAAGCAAUAACUUCAAUGGGAUCAUUCCAGAAUCAAUGUGCAGUGCGCCAUAUCUUCAAGUUCUUGAUUUAUCCAAUAAUUCUCUAAGUGGGACGAUUCCCCAAUGCUUGAUUGCAAUAAGUGGGACUCUUGCAGUACUGAAUUUGAGAAGAAACAAUCUUUCUGGCACUGUUCCUGAUCAAUUUGCUGAGCGUUGUAGUUUCAAAACUCUAGACCUCAAUGGCAAUCAGAUAGGAGGUCAGUUUCCAAAAUCUCUAGCCAAUUGCACAAUGUUAGAGGUUUUGAACCUUGGAAACAAUCAAAUAGCAGAUACGUUUCCUUGCCUGUUGAAGAACAUUUCCACCUUGCGUGUUCUUGUUUUGCGAUCCAACAAAUUUUAUGGACACUUAGGAUGCCGCAAGCCCAGUGGAAACUGGUCAAUGCUUCAAAUUGUUGACAUAGCACUCAACAAUUUUAGUGGUGAAAUACGAGGAAAAUCUUUGAGAACCUGGAGGGCAAUGAUGGGUGACGACGAUGAUGCCAUGUCAGAGCUUAAUCACCUCCGAUUUGGAGUCCUAAAAUUCACCGGGGUAUAUUAUGAGGAUGCUAUAACUGUUACCAACAAAGGUUUAGAGAUGGAGUUGGUAAAGAUUCUAACUGUCUUCACCUCUAUUGACUUCUCCGGCAACAAAUUCAAUGGAUCAAUACCUGAGGAAGUGGGACAACUCAAAUCACUUUAUGGCCUCAACUUGUCCAGUAAUGCGCUCACAGGCACAAUCCCAUCAUCAUUAGGUAACCUACGACAACUUGAGUCGUUAGACCUUUCAAAGAACAAAUUGGGCGGAGAAAUUCCAGCACAGUUUGCCAAUCUUACU